UCGUUACUGCUUCCGGGUUAGAGGUCCCCUUUCCUGGCAUGCUUGUUGGAUUUUUGAAACCAGUAUAACAUAAUUUAGCCAAAGAGGAAAUAAAAUGAGCUCGCAGAGAGGAAAUGUAUCUCGAUCUCGAGCCCCCAAGCAUCAAAACGCCACUGCCUUCAAAAACGACAAAUACGGAGCGACUGCACAAGUAAAGAAGGCAAAUUCGAAGAUCCACAAUGGACUCUGUCAACACUGUAAGGGUGUUCUUGAGUGGAAAGUCAAGUACAACAAAUACAAGCCACUAACACAGCCCAAAAAGUGCAUCAAGUGCUCUCAAAAGACAGUUAGAGAUGCAUAUCACAUCGUCUGUAAGCCCUGUUCGCUUCAACUUGAAAUCUGCUGCAAGUGUGGGAAGAAAGAAGACAUCGUUAUUCCAGUGAACUCACACUUGGACAAGAAAGAACAAGAAGAGGAAGAGAGAGAGAAAAGACACAGGCGAGGGAAAAAAGAGGUGGAGGAUUUUGACUCUGAUGACGAUUAUGAUGAUGAUGACUUUGCUGGCAUUGAGAACGAAGAAGAUGACUUUAACAGAGACUCAAAACCAUGAAAUCCACAUAACAAAUCCAACAUGCUCCCAGAACUGUCUUUACUAAAUGUUGAAGAUUAAUGUUUUAUUCCUUACAAAUGUUCUGACUGAGUUCUGUACAGAAUGAGGUUUUUGACAUGGUCACAAAAAACUGAGUAACAUAAAGAAAGAUGCUGGUUAUUUGCAGGAAGAAUGCUGAGCUCUACAUCAGGACAGUUGAAAAGAUAAUUCAUGUUUUGCAUUUAUGGUUAGUUGAACAUUUAUUGCCCUGAAUAACACCCUAAAGGAAGAGACUUUUAUGGUUAGUUGAAGGGUGUCGACUCAACAUUUAAAUCAUUUUAUAUUUUAACAUUGUAUAAAAGGUAACAUGUAAACAGUC